AUGAAGGCGGCUAUUGUUCUAACAGUUUUAGCUAUUGCAGGUGUUUCAGCUAACACCUUGGGUUUCAGUAAUGUUAAGCCCUUACAUAUAAAUCCAAGAGAAGAAUUACUACCAGCUUCUAAUGAUAUUCCAAGUGGACGCAUCACUAAUGGCAAUUUGGCUGUUCCCAAACAAUUUCCAUACCAGGCCGGUUUAUUACUCUAUGUUGAAGGAGGCGCUGCUUGGUGUGGUGGCACUUUGAUUUCAGAUCGUUAUAUAGUAACUGCUGCGCAUUGUACCGAUAGCCUUACUACUGGUGUCGAUGUUUAUUUGGGUGCUUACAACCGUCUUGAUCGUAGUGAACCAGGACAACAAAUCAUUUUUACGCCUAAGAAAUACGUAACUGUACAUGAAGAGUGGGAUCCAGAAGCUAUCCGUAAUGAUAUUUCUUUAAUCAAAUUACCCGAGGCAAUUACAUUUAAUGAUUAUAUUCAACCCGCCAGCUUGCCUAAAUAUUCACCAGAUGAUGAUUAUUCAACUUAUGAAGAUCAAUUAGCUAUUGCUUCAGGUUGGGGACGCACAAGUGAUCAAGCAACUGGUGUAACUGACGUUUUAGAGUGGAUUGAAAGUCCAAUCAUGAAGAAUAACAUAUGCAGUCGAUGGUAUUUGGGAUCAAUCAAAUCAUCACAAAUCUGCAUUAAGACCACAGGUGGUGUUUCAACUUGCAAUGGUGAUUCUGGUGGUCCCCUCGUUUUAGAUGAUGGCUCAAACACACUUAUUGGCGCUACAUCCUUCGGUAUUGCUUUGGGUUGCGAAACAGGUUGGCCAGGCGUAUUCACACGUAUAACUUACUUCUUAAAAUGGAUUGAUGAAAAAACUGGUUUAGUUAAUAUUAAUUAAACAUUAUAAAAUAAUUAAAAUUAAUUAAAUAAAGA